AAGUAUAGAGUGCCGUUGUCUUUAAACUGACCAAGAAACCCGUGGGGCGAGGUGUCAUCCUACCGCUGAACCCCCGCCGCUCGGGCGCCCGCGUAAUUUGGUGUGAUUGAAUUAUGGUUUUGAAUACGGUUACCUUAGCUCUUUCUUCUUACGUCGAGCACGGUCUACUUUUCUUCAGGAGUGUGCUUAGGGCUGCACCUGUUAGACACUGUUCUUACAUCUCUGCUUUUGAGGGUGAAGUCAAAUCAAGUGAUCAUUUACAUCAAAUGAAUGGCCGCGUACAGAUACUUCAUUUAAACUCAUCAGGUUCAGAUGAGAGAUCAUACACUGGGAUAGCUUCAAGAACAUUCCUGGCUGCCUACAAAUCAAAGAAUGUCGAUCAUACCGUUAGAGAUAUAAACCUUUGGGAUAAGGAACUUUUACAGUAUGAUUUAUCACACGUGGCCAGCAAAAUGCGAAUGGUGAGUGGUCAAGAUGAACCAUCAGACAAAGUGAAUUUUGAACCAGUGGAAAGGAUGAUCAAAACUUUAUUUUCGGCAGAUAAGCUGGUUGUGUCGUGUCCAAUGUGGAAUUAUAGCAUCCCAUAUGUUUUGAAACAGUAUAUUGAUUGUGUUGUUCAACCUGGAUUGACCUUCAGGGAGACAUCUAGUGGUCCACAAGGUCUAUUGACCAACAGACCGUUAUUACUUAUAACCUCCUCCGGUGGUGACUAUUCUACAGGCCAGAUGAAGGCGCUUGACUAUCAGGUUCCUUACUUAAAGGAUAUAUUUGGCUUGAUUGGAUUUACCGAUGUAAGACAUAUUUAUAUAAAAAACACAGCACAUGAGAAGCGAGAGAAACUGUUGACUUUCAUUGAAUCAAGCUGCAUAGAAGCAGCCAUUAAAUUUUAACUGUACCUUGUUGAACCAGGGCAGAAAUUCUCCAGAAAAACUUUGUUAGUUUACCAUGUUGCAAGGGCAUUUACUUUAAUAAAAAUGAAUAAGUUGGACGUUUUUAGGUAAAGGUAAUCCAUCUUGUUGUAAGUUAUGAUAAUUUUUAUUAAUCCACAAAAAUUACCAAAUCGUUUUGAAGUUUAUAUCUUAUGUUUAUAAGCACGGUGUAAAAAGUUGAAAUGUACUAAAAUAUUUGGUUUAUUUUUGUCUCAUAAUUAAGUCCAAUCUUAUAAUAAACAUUUAGAUCUAGUUUAAAAGUAUGGACUCGUAGGCAAUUAAAGACGAAUAUCUUAGCAGU